AUGGCUUCUCGUAUCUUGACUGCGCUAUGCGCGCUGGCUCUGGGCCACACGGCCAUGGCCAUCCCUCAAUGGAUGAACUUAGCGCCACGAGCAACCACUAGUGUGGCGAGCUGGUUGGCCACGGAGACGGCUGUGGCUAGAACAGGCAUUCUCGAUAAUAUUGGAUCUGCAGGUGCCUAUGCUGGGAGUGCAGACUCCGGCAUCGUCAUUGCUAGUCCUAGCACGGAUAGUCCUGACUGUGAGUUCAAGACGGCAGAGAUGGGGAAGACCAAGUCACUGACUGAAGCAGAUUACUAUACUUGGACUCGUGACUCGGCUUUGACCUUGAAAUGCCUGGUUGAUCUAUUCAAGAAUGGCGAUACGGACCUCCUUGACGUGAUCGAGGAGUACAUUGAUUCUCAGGCGUACAUCCAGACGGUUUCCAACCCGUCUGGCUCUCUCUCUGCCGGCACUGGACUUGGUGAGCCCAAGUUCAAUGUUGAUGAGACUGCCUACACGGGAUCUUGGGGACGUCCCCAGCGUGAUGGCCCUGCUCUUCGUGCUACUGCGCUGAUUGGCUUUGGCCAGUGGUUGGUGAGCAAUGGAUACACCACGACCGCUACCAAUAUUGUGUGGCCGAUUGUUCGCAAUGAUCUGUCUUACGUGGCCCAAUAUUGGAAUCAGACCGGAUAUGACCUGUGGGAGGAGGUUUCUGGGUCCUCUUUCUUCACCAUCGCUGUUCAGCACCGUGCUCUGGUGGAAGGCAGCAAGUUCGCCAGCUCAAUUGGCUCGUCUUGCUCGUACUGUGACUCUCAAGCCCCUCAGAUUCUCUGCUUCCUCCAGUCCUUCUGGACCGGAUCAUAUACCUUGGCGAAUUUUGGCAGUAGUCGCACGGGCAAGGAUGCCAAUACCCUUUUGGGCAGCAUCCACACGUUCGAUCCUGAGGCAGCCUGUGAUGACAGCACUUUCCAACCAUGUUCUUCGCGUGCAUUAGCAAACCACAAGGUUGUGACGGACUCUUUCCGGUCCAUCUAUACCAUCAACUCUGGUAUCAGUGCUGGUGUUGCGGUAGCGGUCGGUCGUUACCCCGAGGAUUCGUACUACAAUGGAAACCCCUGGUUCCUGUGCACCCUCGCAGCGGCAGAGCUCUUAUACGACGCUUUGUACCAGUGGAAUCGCAUCGGUUCCUUGACAAUCAACAGUGUGUCUUUGGCCUUCUUCACCGAUCUGUAUAGCUCAGCCGCAACUGGAACCUAUUCUUCGUCCAGCGCCACAUACUCAUCGAUUGUGAGUGCCGUGAAGACCUACGCAGAUGGAUACGUUAGCAUUGUGGAGAAAUAUGCUUCAAGCAACGGAUCGAUGUCGGAACAGUUUGACAGAUCCAGUGGUGCGCAGCUUUCAGCUCGCGAUCUGACUUGGUCGUAUGCAGCCCUACUGACCGCAAACAUGCGCCGCAACUCUGUUGUCCCCGCAGGAUGGGGCGAGACCUCUGCUAGUAGUGUUCCAGCCACCUGCAGCUCGACUUCGGCCAUUGGUACCUUUAGCUCUGCCACCAACACCGCGUGGCCCACCACCUUGACCAGUGUAUCUGGGACAGCGACUACAACGGCCACCACCACUGGCACCGGGACCACGACCGUGACUACAACCAAAUCCACAUCUACCACGAAGACGACCACUACCUCAUGCACCACGCCUACUGCAGUCGCGGUGACUUUUGAUUUGAUUGCGACCACUACUUACGGGGAAAACAUUAAGAUUGCUGGCUCCAUCGAUGCACUCGGCUCUUGGGACACCGAUGAUGCCGUUGCUCUUAGUGCCAGUGAUUAUACGAGUAGCAAUCAUCUCUGGUUCGUGACUCAGAGUAUCCCGGCUGGAACCGUUUUCGAGUACAAGUACAUCCGAGUCGAGAGCGAUGGAACGAUUGAGUGGGAGAGUGACCCGAACCGUUCUUACACUGUUCCGGCUGCUUGUGCCACCACGGCUGUGACGAAGAGUGAUACCUGGCGGUGA